AUGCUGUCUGGCACACCCUUCCAGAACAACUUUGUGGAGCUCUUUAACACAUUGUACUUGAUUAGACCAACAUUUGCAGAAGGAAUUUUCAAGAGCUUUGGGGACCAUGAAAAUGGCUUAGAAGCUGAUCCAGUUGAAAAAGAAAUGAGUUUGCAGGAUAAAAAUGAGACGGUGUUCAGACGUACUUUUGCAACAUUUUCAGGUGGCAUAGAACCACGGGGAAAUAGCUCAAGAUUAAAAGAGCUCAGAUUAAUAAUUGAUCCUUUCGUCCAUGUCCAUGAAGGUAAUCUCCACAAGCUUCCUGGGUUGAGAGAUUAUUUUGUCUUUCUGUAUCCAUCUACUCUUCAGAGGUGCAUCCUUGAGAAGCUAACCGAGAAAAGUAACUUCGAGAAUAACUAUAGGGUGUCGUGCAUCUCCGUCCAUCCAUCCAUUCUCUUGGGAAUAGAGACCCUGGAUGCAAAGGAUAGAGACGUUAUCAAAGAGCACCAAGCAGACCUGUCAAAUGCCCGAAUUACUGAUGGAGUUAAAGUAAGAUUUGUGGUUGAGCUUGUUAGGCUGUGUGCAGCUUUGAAUGAAAAAGUCUUGGUGUUCAGCCAAUUUGUCCUCCCACUCUCCAAUAUCAAACAUUUUCUUAUUUCAUCCUUCAAUUGGACCACUGGCCAGGAAGUUUUGCAGCUUGAUGGAGGAAUUGCACAAAAAUGUCGUCAGCCAAUAAUUCAUACUUUUAACAACUCACAGAAAGUAAAGGUACUACUUGUUUCCACAGAAGUGUGUGCCGAAGGGAUGGAUCUGACAGGGGCUUCAAGAGUGGUUUUGCUUGAUCUUGCUUGGAAUCCAUCAGUACGAAGGCAAGCCAUAGGUCGAGCUUAUAGGAUCGGCCAGAAGAAAGUUGUUUAUGCAUACAAUCUGAUUGCGUCUUCUACAUUGGAGGAAAAGAAGCAUAAAAUACAAGAUACAAAGGACAAGUUCUCACAGUUGGUGUUUUCUACAGUUGCAAAGAACGAUACGUUGGUAGACACUUUAAAGGAAUGCGAUGAUGGAGUCCUCUGUGAACUGAUUAAGCGGGACAUAUCUGCUAGCUUUUUUGAGAAAGUUCUUGAACCGAAGUGCGGUUAG